AUGAAGGUCUUUAGCUCUCUUCUCGUUCUUGCCUCUCUGUUUGCCCCCUCCUUCCAACAAGCCGUUGGAACUGGCCACACUGGGCCUGGAAAUCCCAAUAGUUGUUCAGGAAGGCUCAUGGAGUUUCACGUUACGAUCAACGCUGAUCUCGUUGGGGAUAUUACGUUUGCCCUCACCGACAAGUGUGUUUUCGAAGUCGUUGGAACCCUUCAGUACGCCGCACGGGGAAACCACAUCUACACGUAUUGUUUGGACCCUCUGCGCCACUACGGUUUCCAGAUCACCGACUUUCCUGGUAAUGUUGACGUGAACAAUGAUCACUGGUCGCUCAUGUGGGGAACUAGUAUGGUUGUGGAGAACGGCGUCAUCACACCCAACACACAAAACGCGACUGUCUUUGGUCCUCCCUGUGACAGCGGUCCCGAUGUCACAGGAGACCCACACUGUAAGUGA